CUUUUAAACCAUUUGUUAAGAUAAUUAAAACACACCUUUGUGUCAAUUCUGUUUUCUUUAUCAUUACAGUCACCCAGCAUGUUCGGAAUUGUGGACCUCAAAUGUUUCUCAUCAGCCGCAAGGGCGGCACCUUGUUAACCAUCAAUAACUUUCUCUAUCGUUCCAAUCUCAAAUUUUUCGGUAAAAACAAUAAUAUUCUAUAUUGGGAAUGUGUUCAGAAUCGAUCGGGCAAGUGUCGCAGCCGCUUAAAAACAAUUGGUGAUGAUCUCUAUGUGACAAACGAUGUUCACAAUCAUGUGGGUGAUAGCAAACGAAUCGAAGCCGCUAAGACAGCUGGCAUGCUAAUCCAUAAGAAAUUAAGUUCUCUAACUGCGGCGGACCGAAUGCAGGUGCAUGGCUCUUGGAAAAUGGAAGCAGAACUCAAUCUUAAUCAUUUUUCCACAAUGUAAAUUUUACUUGGUAUCGUAUAUUUUUAGGCACAUUCCGUCACACGUUUAUGAAUCCUACAAUUACUACUAUUUAAGUUCAUACUAUAGUUGAUUUAAAGAACUAUUUUUCUAAUUUAUAUUUAAAUUUUUAAGAUUUCAAAAUUAGACAAAUGGCAGAAGCAUGAAUUUUAAUAUUAUCAGACUGAGUUAGCUGAGCAAUGGGGAAAUAAUUAACUGUUUAAAAAUUAAAAUUAAUUCUUGGGGUGCGACUUUUCUUAGUUACAAAUUAAUGCAGCGUUUUCACAGAAAUGAUUUAAUUACAACCAUACAUUAUUGCUUA